UAUCAAGCAGCGAUAUGUUCAUGACAAUAAAUUUAGGUGCAAACAGCGUUCCUAUAUCAAAGAACGUUACGCACAUGAUCCUGCAUUCAGAUCCAAGCAGAAGGAAAACAUGAGUUUGCGCUGGAAAGCCAAACAUGAUUCAUCAAUGAGGACAGAUGCAAUGCGCACUGCAAUGAGCCUGCUACAAAAAUACAAAGUCAUCAACAGAUUAUGCAAAGAGAGAAACGACCAUGCAAUCAUGAAAGCUGUUGCGCUAUUCCAAGCUCUGGUAAAAAAUGGACCGACUUUUGUUUGCACAGUUUGCCACAGAGCAUUAUUUCCCAAUCAAGUACGCCAGCUGACCAAAUAUAAGAAAAACAAGGACGUUGUUGCAAGUUGCCUUACACGAAGGUUUGUUCAUGUUUGUAAUCGUGAAUGUAACACAUGCUGCAAAGUACCGGAUGAGAGAAAAAUGGAGUGGAUAUGUCACACCUGCCAUGCACAUCUCAAAGAUGGUAAAAUGCCAGCACUUGCUGGUCAACAACGAGCCAUCCGUGGGAAUGUUGUGUGUGUACCAUCAGAAGUGGAAGAAACGGUCAAUGUCUUGCCCAGACUAAGAAGUAGGUCUCAGGUGUUGAGAGUGAAACUGAAAAGACGACUUUGUUACAAAGGACAUCAGAUAUUUCAAACUGUCACUUGGUCCAAGUUAAUGAGUGCCCUGAUAAAACUGAAACAAAUUCAUCCGCAGUACAGCAACAUCACUAUUCGCGACGAUGCUGACCUUUGCGACCCGACGCUCACUGAUGACGAUAGCAGCUCUGAUGAAGACGAAAUGAACGAAAGUGACUACAAUGAGGAAGACCUCGAGGCAAUCCACACAUUUGAGAGGGAUGCUCUCUGUGAAUUGAAUAGUGACUCACAGAACGAUCCUCGUGGUAAUGUGCAAAAACAACAGAGUGCUGAAAAUGUGGAAGAAGGUGAUGCACCAAACGGUGGGGUUAUCCUGGAGUCAUGUCUCCAACCAAAUGAUGUGUCAGAGGAAAUUAUGAGUUUUACUCAAGGCAUUUACUGUGUGGCUCCUGCAGAAAGAAAUAACCCCGUAAGCUUUUUCAGGACUCCCAAACUUGAGGCCAUGGCAUUUCCAGUGCAGUUUCCAACCGGAAUAAACACCCUUGAUGAAGAGAGACAAAUAAAAGUCACACCAAGCAAAUAUUUCAAAGCACGUCUGUGUUGUGUGGAUGAACGUUUUGCUCGUGAUUCAAACUACUUGUUUUUUGCUCAGUUUGUGACUGAAAUUUACCUGGCAACAUCAAGCAUGAGAAUCCAGCUACGCAAAGGUAAACCUUUUACCAGGGAUGGUCGGAGGAUAAACAAUGCUAUGCUGCAGGACAAACGUGAAGUUGAGAAACUGGUGCGCAGCAAAGAUGCCGUCCGUUUUAUGACGCCCCUCAGAGGCACGCCAGCCUAUUGGGAAAGAAUCACCAAAGAUAUUUUUGCAAUGAUCCGACAGCUGGGUACACCCACAUUCUUUUGCACAUUUUCUGCUGCCGAAAUGCGUUGGGAAGAGGUCAUCACUGCCAUUAAAGCGCAACAAGGUGAGGUGGUGAAUUUUGCUGAACUUGACUGGGCCACCAAGUGUGAAAUUCUACGCAGCAAUCCAGUGACGACAAUGCGCAUGUUUGACAAACGUGUGGAAGCUCUGUUCAGAGAUUUGAUCCUCUCUCCGGCACGAGUCGUCGACUACUUUUACAGAUUAGAGUUUCAGCACAGAGGAAGUCCUCACAUUCAUUGCCUCAUAUGGGUUAAAGAUGCCCCUGUAUUUGAGGAAGCCUCAGAAGGAGCCAUCUGUGGUUUUGUGUCUCGCUACAUCUCGGCUCAGCUGCCGGACCCAGAAAAGGAACCCGCAUUGUAUAAAAAAGUCACAGAAGUUCAGAUGCACAGCAAAAGUCACUCCAAAACGUGUCAAACACCAAGGUGCAAACUGCCGAUUUGGUUUUCCCAAACCGCCGUGCGAAACCACAAUGAUCAUCACGCCUGCAGCCUGUGA